AUGACUGGUGUAUCUGGGCGAGGUCAAGAAGGCCUAGCUAGCGAGCUUGGGGGGGCGGUCAAGGAGCGGAUUCCCAACGGGAAGCUUUGCUGGAUGAUGCCAUAUGGUGGAACAGCUCUCCAUCAACGUGGGAUUCUCAUGCCCGGCCAUCAGCCUCUUGUGCUCCGCUUGUCCAUCUUGGGAGAUUGCAGCGAGGAGAGAACACAACGCCAUUUGACAGCUGCUCCUCCAGCAGAAGCCAGGACGGUUGAGGGACGUCUGUCAAACGGUCGGAUCCUUGCUGGCGCCCGUCAUGAGCAGACAGAGAAAGCAAAGCGGUGUGCAGCAUCUCGAUCAACAGUCACCCAUGGCAAAGGCUCACCAGUCGAAGAUGGAUCCAUGCGAGAUGCCGAGCAUGCAUCUCGUGCAGUAGUAGGGCUGGUUUUUGGCCACCCUCGGCACUCGCGAAGGAGAGUCUCGUUCACGAUUCUGAUUAUUGAGUCUGCACAACUGAUAUCUCCUCCACCGCGCUCUUUCUCGAUCCCUGCCUUGGCCGUCCGAUUGGACCAGGGAGGCGAACAGGUUCGAGCAACAGGCCAGCGGGUUAAUCUCAGCGGAUGGAGACACGUUCGCAUCCUCAUUUCUUCUACGUAUCAUCCGUCUCCGCUGUCCCUGGGAGGCGAAAAGUUGGGAAGUCCUCGAAGCUGA